UUGGAUGCUCUGGAAGUGAAUCUCAACUGCAGCACUGUCUAAACUGUUCAUUGCUUCCAAUUCGUGUGGAAUGACAAGGUGUUUAAGUGUUGAUGUCUAUAUCUGAUGUCUUAUCACAGGAAUUAUUGCAUGUGAAGGUCCAUGGAACUUUGCAGAGCAUCUAUCAAAUGUGAUUCAGAUGAUAUAAUGGAGCAUAUUUUAACAUAUUGACAUUGCAUUUACUUUAAGGAUGAAGAAGACCAAAUGAGAACAUUAAGUGGAUUACUUGGAUUAUCUGUAUCAUCUGUAUCAUCCUCAAUAUGAGAAGUGUUGAUGAAGCUCCAUGAAGCUCAGCAUUAGUUUGGGGAAAGUUUCCAGAAGAACUGAGCAUGAAUAGGAUUCUGCUGGUGUGGAUCACCAGGCCUUCCAGGAACUUUUGGAUGUACAAACAAUACAAUUGAUGUGGAGUUCAGAGAGACACAUAAAAACCUUGAAGCUAACAUGAAAAAGACUAUUCGGAAACAAGUGAAAGGAAGUCAGGCUACAAUUUCAGUACUACUGGAGUAUUGGAUUCUGAGCAUCUGUUUCUCAUGACUGAUCACCGAAAAGAUGUGGCCCUUAAGGAUGGAUGUGAGCAUCAUGUGUCACAGAAGAUGGUCUUCUUGGAUCAUGUUCUUCAUGGUCUACACAGGCUGUAUCUGUAACUUUUCACAUGCUCAAAUGAAGAUUCCACCUGAAACAGUUCAAAAAUGGGCCAUCACAUUUUCAGAGAAAAUAAAUGUCAUUGCAGCAAAAUAUUCAGGAGCUGCUCUAUUACAAAAGAAACUUAAAGAUGUUGAGCCCAUCAUUAGAAUACAGGAGGUGGAUGGAGCGCGCUUAGUUCUAGACUUUUCUGAUGAAAUUGAGAGAAUGCUUGGAAGCAAGAUGAAGUCUGUGAAGAGACUGGCAGACACAGCUGAGGAUGCUGAUUUGUAUCAUGAGUUUAAUGCAUCAUUACAGUUUGACUAUUAUAAUGCAUUAUUGGUGAACACUAUGGAUGAAGAGGGAAAUUUUAUCGAGCUUGGAGGUGAAUUUCCAUUGGAGGAGAAUGAGCAUUUCAACAAGCUUGCGGUUAACACUUUAAUGAGUGACAUCCAAGUUCCAACCAACGUCUACAACAAAGAUCCAGACAUUCUUAAUGGAGUAUACAUGUCAGAGGCCUUGAAUGAUGUUUUCAUUAGUAAUUUCCAGAAGGACCCUACGCUCACAUGGCAAUAUUUUGGCAGCUCAGCAGGCUUCUUCAGGCUUUAUCCGGGAAUCAAAUGGACUCCGGAUUCUAAUGGUGUUGUUGAUUUUGACUGCAGAAACAGAAACUGGUAUAUCCAGGCUGCCACAUCUCCUAAGGACAUCGUCAUUGUGGUUGAUGUCAGUGGCAGCAUGAAAGGUUUGAAAAUGACCAUUGCCAAACACACCAUCAACACUAUCCUGGACACGCUUGGGGAAAAUGACUUUGUCAAUGUUAUUGCAUACACUGAUUAUGUCCGCUACGUGGAGCCCUGUUUUAAAGGAACAUUGGUUCAGGCAGACUUGGACAACCGAGAGCAUUUUAAGCUGCUUGUGGAAGAACUCCAUGUGAAGGGGGAGGCUAAAGUAAAAAAAGCCAUGAAGGAGUCUUUCCGCAUCCUCGCUGACGCCAGAGCAAAUGGUCAGGGCAGCCUGUGUAACCAAGCAAUUAUGUUGAUCACAGAUGGAGCCAUGGAAGACUUCCAAUCAGUGUUUGAAGAGUUCAACUGGCCUGACAAGAAGGUACGGGUUUUCACUUACCUUAUUGGCAGAGAUAUGACCUUCUCAGAAAAUGUCAAAUGGAUAGCCUGCAACAAUAAGGGUUAUUACACUCACGUCUCAACACUUGCUGACGUACAGGAGAACGUCAUGGAGUACCUUCAUGUUCUGAGUCGACCAAUGGUCAUCAACCAUGACCAUGACAUAAUCUGGACUGAGGCGUAUAUGGACAGUGUGCUGUUCAAAAGCAUGGCUCACAGUCUGCUGCUCAUGACCUCUGUGGCCAUGCCAGUGUUCAGUAAAAAGAAAGAGACACUUUCUCAUGGCAUCCUGCUUGGAGUGGUUGGAACUGAUAUCCCCCUGUUGGAAGUGAUGAAACUAGCACCCCGAUAUAAGCUUGGAACUCACGGCUACGCCUUCCUCAUCACAAACAAUGGAUACAUUCUGGCCCAUCCUGAUCUACGACCUCUGUAUCAUGAUGGGAAGAAGUUGAAACCUAAGCCUAACUACAACAGUGUUGAUCUAUCAGAGGCUGAGUGGGAGGACACUGAGGACAGUUUGAGAACAGCCAUGGUGAAAGGAGAGACAGGUACUCUGGCUUUAAACGUGAGGGCAGCUGUGGAUAAAGGGAAAAGACCCUUGUUCCUCAAAAACGAUUAUUUCUACACUACCAUCAAUGAGACGCCAUUUAGUUUUGGUAUGGUGCUUACAAGAGGUCACGGGCAGUACAUGUUCAUUGGGAAUGUUUCUGUGGAAGAGGGUCUUCAUGACCUUCAGCAGCCUGAUCUCACAAUAGCUGAUGAAUGGACAUACUGCGAGACAGAUAUUGACCCUCACCACCGUAAGCUCAAUCAGCUCCAGGCAGUGGUCCGAUACCUGACUGGCAAAGAGCCAGACUUGGAGUGUGAUGAGAUACUGCUACAGCAAAUUCUUUUUGAUGCAGUGGUGACAGCUCCACUGGAGGCCUACUGGACUUCACUGACACUAACCAGCCCCAGUGUAGAUGAAGGCAUGGAGACAGCUUUCCUUGGAACCCGCUCUGGGCUGAUGCGUGUCAUCAGAUAUGCUGGAAAUGAGAAACGAGUGGGAAAGAAGUUCUUGACCGCUGUGGACAAAGAAAACCUGUUCACGCUUGACCACUUCCCCAUCUGGUAUCGUCUGGCAGCUGAGAACAAACCUGGACAAUUCUUCUUUUAUGUCCCGCAAGAUGAUGUAAACAAAGGCAGGAACACUUUUGUGGCUGUAACAUCUGUGACAGUGUCUGAGGGGAAACGAACUGCACUCGCCGGAGCUAUUGGAAUGCAAGGAUCCAUGGACCUGCUAGAAAGGCUGUUCCUGUCUAUUGCCAAACAACCAAAUGAUACGGAUUGCAGUGAUGUGGAUGGUAUUUGUCCUCUCAGCUGUGAGAGCAUUGAUGUCAACUGUUACAUUGUUGACAAUAAUGGCUUCAUCCUGUUCUCAAAGGAAAGAGGCAAUGUUGGUAAAUUCUUUGGGGAAGUAGAUGGAUCUGUCAUGGCUCAAUUACUGAAAUCAGGCUUGUAUAAAAGAGUGACAUUGUAUGACUACCAGGCCAUGUGUAAAAAUUCUCACCAUCACGCCAGCGGAGCUCAACCACUGCUUAGUCCUUUCUAUGGUCUUGCGGCGAUACUGAAGUGGUUCUUCUCAAAUUUCAUGAUGUUUCUAUUGGAGUUCAACAUCUGCGGACUUUGGCACAAUGACUAUGUAGUGGAUGCUAAGGCUGUGUAUCAUGCAACUCACAAACAGAGAAAAAUGGACAUGGUGCAGCCUUGUAACACAGAGUAUCCCAGCUUCAUGUAUGACACCUCUAUCAGAGAGACUAACAGCAUCAUUAAAUGUGGCCGUUGUCAGAAGAUGUUUGUCCUACAGCAAGUUCCUAACAGCAAUCUUGUCAUGCUAGUUGUCCAGGCCGACUGUGACUGUUCUCGACAGUAUGCCCCCAUCACUCUCAUGCCCAAAGAGGUCAAAUAUAAUGCCACGGUUAAGUGCAAUCGGAUGAAAUCUCAGAAGAUUCGCAGACGACCGGAGUCUUGUCACUCGUACCAUCCUCAUGAAAAUGCCAAGGACUGUGGUGGAGCAUGUGAAAUCGCCAUAUGUCUCACACUGUUCUUCAUUUGUUUGGUCACCUCAUCGUCCCUAUGCUGAGAAAAAGAACUGCCAUGACUGCUGUUCUACAGUAGUCCUAAAGACAACAAAACCAGAGACUGUUGAUUAUCACUAGCAUUAGCUAUUCAAACAGAAACACAAGAUAUGGUUUCAAUACACAGUGUUGAUUCAUACUGUCCCCUACUGGACUCCAUGUGUGACACUACACAGCACUGCACAGAUUAUACUGUUUAGUUCUCAAUGGAAGCAAUUGAGAGAGAAAUAUAAUAUUAGAUGUUCUCUUGUGACUUGAUGUUAUACAUCAGAUCUGCUAUUCUUAAAAUUUUUUAGUCUUCAAGAUGCAGCAAAUAUAGAACAGGGGGGUUUUCCAGAAAAAAGAUUUAGCGACUAAACCGGGUACGGUUAAAGUGGUUAACCUCAACUUUCGGUUCCAAAAACCAGAGUAUCUUACAGAGUAAGUUAGUAACUAACUUAGUCUGUGAACAUAACCAGCUCCAGAGUAGGUUAUGUUCCAGUGUUAGUAUAUUUCAGUUAAAUGUCAUUAAGAGGUUGCCGUCACGUGUGUGCACUUUUGAUAAUGGCACUGUGGCCGUGGAAACUCAGAUUACGCACAAUAGUAACUUUUAAAGCAUUAAACUGUAUGGUAUAUUGCAAUUUCUACUUUUCCUCACAAAUCCUCUUCUGUCAGACAUUUCCAGUCUCACACAAUGUGGAUUGGCAUUCAAAAGAGAACAAAUUGUGCAAAUUGUGCUUUUUUUAUUUUAUGAGUUUUUUUUAUACUGUUAUAUUAUCAACAUGGAACAUGUUGGAAAGGCCUCGAUACUUGUCACUGUAAAGAGAGGGUGUCAUGUAAUUAUAUUUAGCUCUACUAAUAAAUGUAUUUUAUGAGAUUAAUAUUAUUAACAUGUAUCUAAAAAUAUCAUCAAAUUAAAUCACAAAACCCACAUUGUUUUUACAGUUCCUUCAGUCAAUUAAUGUUAAUAUGUUAAUUAUGAAUUACAUUGCAUGCAUUGUCUGAAAAUUCAAAGCUUAAGCAAUUAAAUUGAACACUUGUUAUUCUUCUUCGUAAUUAGAUCAUAUGUGAUCAUCUCAUGGACUACAGAUAUAGCAUAAUCUUUCUGAUGCUCAGCCUCUUCUACUCCACUUGGAGCUGUAUAUGAUACUUCUCUAAAUUACAUUUAUAUUCUGCCUUUCAGUAUGGAACUUAAACAGCUUCUUUUACAACCAGGAAGAGAUGAGAAUUACUUUUCCCUAAUGUUGAGAUAAUAAACAUCCAUAAUGUAUAAUCAGACACAUGAUCUUAAACCAAUUAAAACAACGUCAUUUCACUCAGCACCAAGUUGCUGGAGGCAGAUGGACCCUACUGUACAUUACAAUGCCCAGCCAUUGCGUUUUAAGGAACAAGAAAACAAAGCUAGUUUUAUUGCCACACCAAAUUUAAAAAAAAAGGACAUACUGUAAUAGACAUAUACAUUUGUGGGCCUCCCAUCAUUCUCCACCUCUGUUACAGCAGAUCUCCAUCUUAUAAUGCACAUAAAUAAUCAUGUACGUGUGACCCAUUAUUUAUUCCAUGAUUCAAUGGAAACAUUUAAAUGCUUCUCGUUGAAACCCCUCAAUGUUCAAGCCAAAUCAUCGCCCUUAAUGACAACUGUGGAAGAUCAUACAAUUGAUCAUGAAUUGACAGCUUCUAUAUAUAUAUAUGUACAUACAGUACACAUAACAUAAAGUAAAAUAAGCAUGUACAGUACAUGAAAAUACCAGUAAAAUUAAACUUAAAAAUAACAAAAUACACAGUAGUAAAUCUACACAGGCUAUUACUAUAAUAUUAAUAGAAUAUGAAUGUUAAUUCCUAUUACAACUGCACUGAAAUGUGCCAUGCAUUUCUUCUUAGAGUUUGUUUCUAUUGUGGUUGACUCGUGGAUUCGGUGCUCUGCUGAGUAUAAUUACUUUCUUGACUUAACUUUUUUUUUUUUAGUUUCAAACUCAAUAAUAUGUAUUUAUAAUUUCAGCGAGUAAACAUUAAUCAUUCAAUCACCUAUUUUACAUCUGAAAUCGACAUUUACAUCCCUACAACGCAAACAUCCCACACAUGUUACUGUCAAGGGCGAUUGGGCGGGAAUUCCAUCCCCCGGAAUCUACGACCCUGUCUACUACAGUGGCGAACAGAUCAGCUGAAUGUAACCAAUUUCACUGAAACUGAGGUUAGAUACAAACAGACAUUUUCAGACUUAUUUAUAGUGAACAUCGAAGUGUUUGUUCAAAGUUAUGUUUAUGUUUUCAUCAAAAAGUGCCUUAUUCUCGCGGUUACUUGAGUAAGAGUAUGUGCUCUCUCUCCCUCUAUCACGCGCAGCGGGCGCUGAGAUUGAGGGAGACACACAAAGCAAAGUUGGUUAAAAUUAAACUGAUACGCUAGCGUUAAAUGGCAAAUCAACGCGUAUUUAUGACAUGUAUCCAUGUAUGACUACAGAGAGCACUUCAAUAUGAAAACAAGCAAAUCAUGGGCAUUUAAGGUCCUAAACAAGCAGAUAUUACAGAUUUUCUUACUUACAUUAGAACUUGUGGACUGUUUUGUUGCUUCUUUUGGUGAUUGUUGUACUACACUGACAUAUCAGUGGAACUAACCAGAAGUGUAAGCAGUGCUUGGAUUAAUAAACUCAGUGUUCCGAGUUUAUGUCAGAGUUGGUUAACUCUGCUUUCUGGAAUACCCCCCCAGUGGCGAAACUGCUGUUUAUUUUCAUGAGGUAACUACUUCAAACUGAAGUAUAUAAUUUCUGCUACACUGGUGCCACCGAAUGGAAUAACAAAUAUUCAAAACAGCUGUCUGAAUACGCCCCUUCUUCUGCCAUCGAAUGAACACAUAGCCCUGCCCCCAUCGAAUGCCACUGGUUGAGAAAUGUUGUCGGGGCGGGUCUAAACGGGUCGCUCAAACUAAAUGCAGGAAUUUUUUUAUAGUGCCACAGAGACAGUGUUUACAGUUUUUAAGAAAAUGUAUCUAUGAAUUGCUUACUCAAAGUUGUCUCUGCAAAUUAAACUUGAUAGGAGAAAGUAUACAUUAACAUAUAAAAGUUACAUACUUCAGCUUUAAUGUUUUUGAAACUUAUUUAAUAUAUUGUGUAAGAUGGAUACAAAGUUUAAUACAAAUGUUGUUCAAAUAUGCAUUAGAUUACUGUGUAUAUAUAAUUUUCAAUUAUCUGAGACCAUUAGUUUUUGAGUAUAUCUUGAUAAUGAUUGAAUUAGGGUAUGUAUGUAAUUACAGAAUACUGUGGAUGAUUUAGUUUGUUUAUAUGAUUAAAAAAAA